GCAGCGGCCGCAGUGUUGCGUCAGCCGGUUGGGGAGGAGGGUGUGCGGCUUGGCUCUCUCCCUCCCUCAUUCUGCUCCCGUCGUGAGUGAUUCCACUCGUGCUUCAGCUUCACCCUCGUACCAAGUGCUUCACUCAUUUGCUGCUUUUGUCUAUUCUGGAGUGAAAUUUCCACCGCUACACUGUCCUUAGUGUUACCAUUGGAAUUGUGACACACAUGCAGACUGGUUGACCCUGAGUGACGUCUCCCCUGAUGGCGGCCACCGACACCCUCAACCUGACCCCCACCGUGACCUUGGAGGACGUGGGGGAGGACCUGGCCAAUCAGAGCACGUUGACGGCGUGGUCGCAGCAGACGGUGGAGGCCGGGGUGGCGGCGGAGGUGACGGCGGUGGUGGUGCUGGUGGUGGGGGUGGUGGGGAACGUGGUGGUGAUGGGGGUGUUCCUGGGGCGGCCAUGUGGGCGCACCCCCAUGCAGGUUGACCGUGUCGUGGGGCUCCUGGCACUGAUGGGACUGCUCACCACCCUCGCCUCCGUCCCCUUCCACAUCGCAUCCUUCCUCACAGGGGAGUACCCGGCGCGAGGGUCACUGUGCCAAGUACAAGGCUUCCUCCUCAACCUGCUCUGUCUGCUCUCCCUCUGGUACACCGCCGUGCUCGCUGUCGAGAGAUACGUGAAGUUCGCCUCGCCGCACGAGCACACGCUGACCUUCUCGCUGCUCAACCUGAACGUGGUGCUGUGCGGCGUCCUGGUCCUCCUCCUCAUCGAGGUCUCUGGCCCCAUCUAUGGCUGGGCCGAGUAUGGCUACGUCUCAGACUGUGGAGUAUGCGUGCUGGACCCCGUGUCGACGCACAUUCUGACCUACACAGUGAUCCAGACGGCGUGCUACGUUAGCCUGCCGGUGCUGAUCACGGUGUGUGCCGCCCUCUGCAUCCUGCACCGGUGUUGCACCGACCCCGGCCCCCUCACUCAGGGCUCCCAGGUGCUCAAAUCUGGCGCGGGAAUGAGCGUGUUGUGCGGAGCCAUGCUGCUGUGUGCACUGCUCAUGCUGCCCUACCACGUGCUGCUCAUGCUCCAGGCCUCCCAGCGCCAGAUUCCAGUGUGGUCCAAGGUGGUGGCUUACUGGCUCAAGAUCACAGCCCUCACCUGUGUCUACCCCGGGCUCCUCUUGUCUGCCGCCCCCUCAGAGGUGUGGCCGGCGGUGGUGGCACUCCGGCGGUGCUGGGCGUGGCGGUGCCUGCGUCAGGACGACCCAGGACUCCACCUCUCCAGCCUCGACCUCGGGGCAGGCGCUGACGACUCCCUCAGGAAGGGUCGAAGGAUCUCCCGGUCCUCCCACGCCACCGACACCACCUUCCUCUCCUCUCCCGCCCACUCUGCCAGGGACGCCGCCACACCUCCACCCUCCCUCACCAGGGUGUGAUGGUGGCGUCACUCCCUCACCAGGGUGUGAUGGCGGCGUCACUCCCUCACCAGGGUGUGAUGGUGGCGUCACUCCCUCACCAGGGUGUGAUGGUGGCGUCACUCCCUCACCAGGGUGUGAUGGCGGCGUCACUCCCUCACCAGGGUGUGAUGGCGGCGUCACUCCCUCACCAGGGUGUGAUGGUGGCGUCACUCCCUCACCAGGGUGUGAUGGUGGCGUCACUCCCUCACCAGGGUGUGAUGGUGGCGUCACUCCCUCACCAGGGUGUGAUGGUGGCGUCACUCCCUCACCAGGGUGUGAGGGACGGUAUAGCAAGAACUCUCUCACUACCACAUAUCGUCUCGCACAAAAGGAAUAUAGUUUUCUGAGUGUUACCCACUGAGCAACGCGGGAAUAUGGAGGCUGGGCAUAUUACAGAUGAGAGGAACGAGGCACCGCCACUCCCUGAGAGGAGUAUCGGUGAGGUGUGCGCCGCCGUGGUGAGUGGUGGUGUGAGGUGGGUGGUGAGGUAGGCAGGUACACACAUUCAUGAACAUUAAGUGAGUCAAGAGGCUUGCGUAGGCCGUAAAAAUGAGGUACACAGGUGCCUCGUCCGCUUACAUACCUCAGGGCUGGUUCAUGAAUCAGCUAGGCAAGUACCUGCCAACAUUACAUCUUCCCUGAGUGAUGGCGGCGUGCACAAACCCCUGAUGAGCUACGAAGCACCAGGGGCUGUGUAUAACAACAAUAACAUCUGAGUGGCAAGUUUCCAGGCUCGUAAACUGCUUAAUACAUGUCGACAAAUCCGCCAAACAUCGAGGAAAGAUGUACAGGUUUCGUAAGCGAUUGAGCAAAGGUUUGUUGAAUCCUGGCCGUGAGUGAGAGUACACUCUCUCCCAAGUCCUCCCAUUACCAGCCAGGGUUCGUCAACCGUUUACACAACUCCAACAAAACCUCUACAUAUUUCCUUAAUCACGGAGGCUUUGUUUACAUUUAUUAAGCAGUUUGCGAGCUUGGAAACUUCACAACCCAAGGUUGUUAUUGUUAUAAACAACCUCGCAGCGCUUCAGAGCUCGUAAACUGUUUAAUAAGUGUAAAUAAAGCUACCAUGUUUGUUGUUGUUGUUGCUAGGCGCUGAGCAGCAGGUGACACAACCUGCUGCUCAGCCGUCUAUUCUUUCCUCACUCUCCUAAGUAAGGAGGAGGUAGGCUGGGCCCAGAUUCACGAAAGCACUUACGCAAGUACUUACGAACGUGUACAUCUUUCCUCAAUCUUUGGCGGCUUUGGUUACAUUUAUUAAACAGUUUACAAGCAUGAAAACUUCCCAUUCAA